UAGUAUAUUGUCGCCUUUAACGGACGAACGGCCGCCCGGAUGUUCAACAUUAUACACAUGAUCGGCAUUGCUUUUUAAAAAAGCUGUCGUUUCUUGUAGUUUUCGAAAAAAAAAUUAAUAUAAAAAAUCCAUGCGGUCGGUAUCGAUUUUAACCUCGAUAAAAAGUUGUUGCAACAAAUGCAACUAAAUAAUAAAAAACUCUUUAUAUAAAAAUCAUAAAAAUUACAUGAGUGAUAGUUGAUUUUUUGUUUUUGGAUAUAUUUAAUAAAAUUAAAAUAAUAUAAAAAAAGAGAAGUGCUCGUACAGGAAGUGUCUUAAAAUACCAAGUUGGGGCAAUGAGUCCCCAUUUAAAGUGGUUUGCGCUCGCAGCAAUUCUAUUCGGAACUUUUAUUGGAGCACAAGCACAAUUCGAUCAAACAACUGAUGAAAAUGAUAAUGACUAUGCUUUCCCAGAGAGUGAAGAACUUUUUAGCCCACCCGAACCCGAAGGACCACCUAAUGCCUUCUUUAAUAACUAUGCCAUAGUCGAAAAUCCCACAAACUUUCGAAACGGUCAAAAACCGAAAAAUUGCACAGGAAAUGUAAGUUGUAUACCAAAAUGUUUCGCUGAAAAGGGAAAUCAUGGUUUCCCAGGACCACAAGGUUUUCCUGGCCCCAAAGGUGAUACAGGUUAUUCAGGAAUGGAAGGACCAUCAGGAGAAAAGGGACAAAAAGGUGACCCAGGUCCAUAUGGUCCUCGCGGUCAGAAAGGUGUUCGUGGAUUAGUUGGUUCUACCGGUAUAACGGGAAUAGGAGGCUUACAAGGUAUUGUGGGUAUGCCCGGAGCACCUGGUAUUCACGGAAUUGAUGGUUGCAAUGGAACUGAUGGUGCACCUGGUUUACCCGGACUAGCCGGUAUGGUUGGUCCAAGAGGUUUACCUGGAUUUAUUGGCUUGAAGGGUGACAAAGGAGAACCGGCAAGAGAAAUUGGAGAAUUCGAUAUUGGUGAUCGAGGUGAACCUGGUAUGGAUGGACCAUCUGGGCUACCCGGACAAAAGGGAGAACAAGGACUGAAGGGUGAUCGUGGUUUUAAUGGAACUUAUGGAGAUAAGGGUCCAACUGGUUUUAUUGGUAUCAAAGGAGACAAAGGAGACAUGUGUAUCGCUAUGCCUGUUCCCGGAAUGAAGGGUGCAAAGGGAGCAAAAGGAGAGCCAGCUAGGUUUGAGGCGUUUAGUGGUAACCGUGAUUAUAUAUCGGAAAGUGUAAAAGGUGAACAGGGAGAGAUUGGUGACAAGGGCUUACUUGGUGAAAAGGGUGACAUUGGUUUAGCUGGACAAGCUGGUAACAUUGGACACAAAGGUGAAAAGGGUCUUCCUGGACCGACUGGUCAAAGAGGUCGUCAAGGAGAUUUUGGUGCUCCAGGACCACUUGGAUUGAAAGGUGAUCGCGGAGAAAUUGGCGCGCGCGGUUUGGAUGGUGUUGAUGGACAAAAGGGAGAACCUGGAGUUCCUGGAACACCUGGCGCUCAAGGUUUUAUGGGUGCCAGAGGUGCUCCUGGUGGUGGAAGAGGGGCUCCUGGCCCACAGGGUCCCAAAGGUCUACAAGGUUUCCAGGGUCCACAAGGUGCGGCUGGUUUAGACGGUACUCCUGGUGCACAAGGUCCACGUGGACCUUUCGGCGAAAAAGGUAAUCGUGGAGUGACUGGACCUGAAGGUUUGGAAGGACUACCUGGAGAGAGAGGAGACAAAGGUGAUAAGGGUUGGCCAGGUAAUGUGGGUGCACAGGGUCCUCGAGGUUACAUUGGACCCCUUGGACACGAAGGAGAAAAGGGUGUAUCUGGAAAUCCUGGAAUUGGUGAAGUAGGCGUUAAAGGUGACACCGGGGUUUCGGGAACACCUGGAGCAAAGGGUUUCAAGGGAGAACGUGGUUUUCAAGGAAGUCAAGGUGUUUCAGGUGGAUCUCAGUUGGGAAAGCCUGGAAGACCUGGUACAACAGGAAAACACGGAGACAAGGGAAAUCAAGGUUACCCUGGAUUAUCAGGACAGAAAGGUGACAAAGGUUUUAAGGGAGACCUUGGUGGAAAAUGUACAGACUGUCCAUAUGGAGCUAAAGGAGACAAAGGAGAACGUGGAUUAGAUGGAAAACUUGGACUACAAGGAACUCUUGGUGAAACUGGAGAAGUAGGCUUCCCGGGUGAAAAUGGUGAUGAUGGUUCUGAAGGCCCAAUCGGAGCUCAUGGUCUUCGAGGAAAUGAUGGUUUGCCAGGAUUACCUGGACCCGAUGGUCCUCCCGGACGUGAUCAAAUUGUGGAUUUGAGUUUCACUGUAAAUGAGAAAGGAUCAAAGGGAGAACGUGGUCCAUCAGGACUGAGAGGACUUAAAGGUGGACGAGGAGAAAUUGGCAAAUAUGGCUUGCAAGGACAAAAAGGUGAACCUGGACCACCAGGAUUUAAGGGAGCACAAGGAAAAAUGGGUAAAUCAGGACUCCCUGGAUAUCCAGGCAGAGAUGGAAUGCCAGGACAAAAAGGAGAUAGUAUCAAAGGUGAACGAGGGAUACCAGGUUUCGAUGGCGAAGAUGGUGACAAAGGAUUUGAAGGUCCAUCUGGACAAAAGGGAGAACCAAGUAUUUGCCCACCUGAUUUACUGAUGAUGCCACCAAAAGGUUUCAAGGGUGACAAAGGUGUCGAGGGUAGAAUGGGACCAAUUGGUCCUGUGGGACCGAAAGGUGAUCAUGGAAGAACCGGACAAAAAGGUGAACGUGGAGUAGUUGGUCGACCUGGAUUGGCUGGCCCACGAGGACCUAUCGGUCGUCGAGGUUUUAAGGGUAUUCAAGGACCAAUUGGUUUCCCAGGUUUGCCGGGACAAAACGGAUUGCCUGGACUUCCGGGAUUAUUGGGAGAAACUGGUCAGAAGGGAGAACAAGGAAUAUCACUUGUGGGUCCACCCGGACCUAUUGGUAAUAAUGGACCAAAUGGUUUGAAGGGAGAACGUGGUUUCCAGGGGAUCUAUGGUUUGCCAGGAAACGAUGGACAAGUUGGAUAUCCUGGAGAUAAGGGUGAAACAGGUUUACCUGGAGCUCCAGGUUUCCCUGGAGAUGAAGGAGAGAAAGGUAACGUUGGGCCAUUUGGUCCUCAAGGUUUCGAUGGACCAAAAGGUUUGCCCGGUAUAGAUGGAAUACAAGGACGAGAAGGCUCUAAGGGUGAGCCUGGAAUUUCUGGACCAGUUGGUAUGCCGGGACGUAAAGGUGAGAACGGAGAAGUUGGCAAUGAUGGCCCUAAGGGUUCCUCAGGAAAUAUUGGUCUUCCUGGUAUUAGAGGAGCUCAAGGUAGAACUGGUUUUUCGGGAUCUAAGGGUGACAAAGGUGAAAGAGGUUUUGCAGGCGACAAUGGCCUUCAAGGGCCACAGGGUUUCCCUGGACCACAAGGAUUUGCAGGUCCAAAAGGUGAUAUUGGAGCACGCGGUGUCCCCGGAGUCGAUGGUAUACCCGGACUUGAUGGAGAAAAAGGUGAUAUGGGUCUUGAGGGAUUAGAAGGAGCUCCUGGAGCACCAGGUCAUGAAUCUGAGAAGGGAGACAAAGGUGAACCUGGUCCAUAUGGACUUAUGGGUGCUGAUGGUCUUAACGGACUUCAAGGUCCACCCGGACCUAAAGGAGAACCUGGUAACUACGGUUAUGGUGCCAUUGGAGAACGGGGAGAAAAAGGUGACGAUGGUAUUCCCGGACAAAUGGGACGACCUGGUUUUGAUGGAAUGAAGGGCGAUAAGGGAUAUCCAGGACCAAUUGGAGACAAGGGUGACAAAGGAAACGCCGGUUUGGCAGGUAUUCCUGGUUCUCCAUGUUUAGAUGGUAUGCCUGGUGAGACUGGACCAAAAGGAGAACAAGGUCUCGCUGGACCUGUUGGACAAAAAGGUAACCCAGGUGCUAAUGGGUUAGAAGGAUUUGCAGGCGAAAAAGGAGAUCAAGGUUUUGUCGGUAUUCCUGGUCAAACUGGUAUGAAGGGAGACAAGGGAUACACAGGACUAAGUGGUUUAGAUGCUGAACCUAUAUUAAUAAUCGGAGAUAAGGGUGAUGCAGGUUUAGAAGGACAGCCUGGAGUUCUUGGAGCUAUGGGACAAAAAGGAAGCAUUGGUAUCACUGGAAGUCAAGGAGAAAAGGGUGAACGUGGUUAUCCAGGACCUUUUGGCCUACCAGGAUUGGAUGGACCUCAAGGAGAAAAGGGUGACACUGGUCCAGAUGGUGAGCCUGGUUUACCAGGUUUAACAAUCAAGGGAGAAAAGGGUCUUCCAGGACGAUUAGGAAGAAGUGGACGUGAUGGUGCUAUUGGAGCUUUCGGUGAAAAGGGAGAGAAAGGUUGGGCUGGUUUAGCUGGAAUAGAUGGAGCCAGGGGUCCACCUGGUCGACAAGGUCUGCAAGGAGAAAAGGGUGAUAUUGGUAUCAUUGGUAUAGCUGGUCGAGACGGACAAGAUGGAUUACCUGGACUUACUGGACAAAAGGGUGAUAUGGGAACCAAAGGUCAUAAGGGAGAUCGAGGUAUGCCAAGCUUUGAAGGAGAAAAAGGUGACAAGGGUAAUAGAGGUAUUCAGGGUCAAUCAGGCCGUGACGGAUACCAAGGACAAAAGGGUGAUGUAGGCUUCAUUGGAUUACCUGGUGCAAUGGGUCCAACUGGCAGAGAAGGAGAAAAAGGAUCUCUAGGUCCUAAAGGUCACGAUGGACGUGAUGGAUUAUAUGGUCCACGAGGUCAAAAGGGUGAAUCAGGGCCGUAUCCAACACCUGGACCCAAGGGUGAGCCUGGACGACCAGGAAACAAUGGCGAAAAAGGUGAACGAGGUUUUGAAGGAAUCCGUGGAAUCACCGGAUUACAAGGUGAACGGGGUGAGAAAGGUGAUCAAGGACCUCAAGGCUUACCCGGACCAAUGGGACGACCAGGUCCAAAGGGAAAUUUGGGUGUACCUGGUGCUCCUGGUUACGAUGGUGCUACAGGAAUGACUGGAGAAAAGGGAAACCAAGGAAAAGUUUGUGGAGAAGCUCCUAGCUAUUUCACUGGAAUAAUGCUUGUAAAACACAGUCAAUCUGCAGAAAUCCCACGCUGCGAUGCUGGUCACGUUGAAAUGUGGAAUGGUUAUUCCCUGCUUUACACUGACAGCCAUGACUACCCACACACCCAAGAUCUUGGAUCACCUGGUUCUUGUGUCCAUCACUUUUCAACACAGCCAUUUAUGAGCUGUGGAAACAAUAACAUUUGCAAUGUGAAUACUAGGUCUGACCGCUCUUACUGGCUAUCAACAUCGGAAUCAAUUCCAGUGAUGCCCGUUGAGACUACUGAAAUGCAAAAAUACAUUUCUCGAUGUGUUGUUUGCGAAGUACCAGCCAAUGUGAUUGCAGUUCACAGUCAGACUAUAGCGGUGCCAACUUGUCCCAGAGGUUGGGAUGAGCUUUGGAUUGGUUACAGUUUCCUUAUGCACAUUGAUGUUGGAAAUAGCGGUGGUGGACAAGAUCUCUCAUCACCUGGAUCAUGUUUGGAAGAUUUCAGAGCAGUUCCAUUUAUCGAAUGCAAUGGCAAAGAAGGUCUUUGUCAUUUCUUUGAAUCACAAACCAGUUUCUGGUUAGUGACUGUCGAUGAAAACGAACAGUUUGUUCCACCAGAAAGGCAAACAUUGAAACCUGGAUUUAUGAGACAACGACUUUCUAGAUGUCAAGUGUGUAUUAAGAACUCGGCGUAAUAAAAAUAAUUCCAGAAAAAAAAAUUUAAUUGUAAAUGUUACAAAGUGAACUUAAAUUAUAAGUCUUUCAUUUAA